AUGCUCCUGCUCGCCCUGCUCCUGGCCCUGGGCCUGCCCCGCGUGGGGACCAACACCACCGGGCCGGAGCCGCAAAUCGGGCACCCCGCUGUCGGCUCGGGGACCCUGCCUCCCUGGGGAGGCCAGGCUGAAGCCAAGGCUGCUGGAGGAGGCUCCCCCAGCCCCGAGGGGGCUCCUGGGCGGGGCCGGGCCGAGGGAGUGGGCAGGCGCCAGGGUCUGGUGGGCUGGGGAGCAAGACUGAGGUGUCACAUUUGUGAGCAGGAGAACAGUUUCGACUGCAAGAACUCGCAGAUCUGUGGAGCAUAUGACCAGUACUGCAGUAUUGCUGUCAUAAGCAUAUUUCCACGUUUCUUCUUGGUUGCGAAGUCAUGCUCCCAAUAUUGUCCAGUGAUUGAGAUGCCCCGCCCGAAAACCAAGCCAUUUAUUCUCUUGAAGCCUCUGCCCUUCUUAUACGUGAAGUGUUGUACAGAAAACUUGUGCAAUGAAGCUGGGCCUGCAGUCAACGAGACGGCAUUCAGGGAAUUUGCUGGGAGAGCAAGCGAGAGGAGGUGCAGCGAUGUGGGGCUGGUGACGCUCCUGGCUCUGGCAUCCAUGUCUGGCCUCUGA